GGUGCAUUCUAAUAAGAAUAUAACCUACCCACAUGGCCAGCCAGCCAGCUAGCUAGCUGAAACAGAGAUGAGUACUGAAGCUAAGCACGCACGCAAGGUGAUACUGCUAGUAGACAUGGACUGCUUCUAUGUGCAAGUAGAGAGGCGCAAGACUCCGGAGCUAUGUGGGAAACCAGUCAUCGUAGUGCAAGGAACAGGCUUUGGAGAGGGAGGAGCAAUCGCUGUUAGCUACGAGGCGAGGAAAUUUGGAGUGUCUCGUUCUAUUCGACCGAAGGAGGCCAAGGCCAAGUGCCCAGAACUACAGCUGGCAUACGUACCAGAGCGUAGGGGCAAGGCUGACCUCACCUGUUAUCGACAAGCCGGGGCUGAAGUCAUUCAAAUACUGGCUGAAUUUACAAGUAUUAUUGAGAGAGCUAGUAUCGAUGAAGCCUACCUGGACGUUACUGAGCUCGUAUCCAGAAGAAUAGUAGCGGGUGAUUUGGAAAAUUCAAUAAUCACAGCCGAGAGUGUUCCAAAUACACACGUGCCGGGGUUCAAAAAAGAAAUUUCAGAAGAGGGGGGUGGAUUUGAGGAGUGGGUACGAGAAGAGGGGUGUGGCCAGGAGCUGGUGCUGACGGUGGGAGCAAUGAUUGCCAAUGAUAUUCGUAAAGCAGUGUUUGAGAGAACUGGGUUCACGUGCUCUGCUGGGAUUGGAUACAAUAAGAUGGUUGCCAAGAUGUGUGCCGGGAUGAACAAGCCCAACGGUCAGACCAUCCUACCUCCGUCAGUACUACCCACUGUCUUUAUGACAACACCCACCGCCAAAAUACGCCAUCUUGGAGGCAAAUUGGGUGGUCAGUUGAAGACUUUGUUUGGAGUGGAGCAUAUCGGAGAGUUGACUAGCGUUUCCAUGACAGCAUUGGAAGGAGCCUUUGGGGCAAAAACCGGUGCUUGGUUGUAUGGCUUGUGUCGAGGUGAGGACAGUGAGCCAGUCAGAGUGAGGACACUCCCACUCUCUGUCGGCUGUGGCAAAAACUUCCCGGGGAAGAACAAGCUAACAACUCCCAAACAGGUAAAGUACUGGCUGACACAGCUGGCUGAGGAGGUUGCCGAGCGACUGAGUGUUGACCAGAGGGAGAACAACCGUCGAGCUAGCCUCUUGUCCGUUCAUUAUCACCCGAUGGAGAAGAAGUCAGGACUGUCUCGCUGCUUUCCCCUGGAGAGCACAGACUGUGCCUUUAUUGUGCGGAGAGCCUGGGCUACCAUCAACAAGGGACAGGGGAGGACGGACAGUGAGGAGGACCAACUCUCUUGGACAGGGGGACUGACCGCCGUGUAUCUAUCAGCCAGCAAGUUCACUGGAGGCUCUGUCACUUCAACUACUACCACCAUUGACUCCAUGUUCUCUAGCACUAACACAUUGACACAGCAGGCCUCACCCAAAACCAUAGCAACACCCGCACUCCCUGUCACUGAUACAACCAUUACGCCCACUCCAUCGCAGCCCUCGAAACAGAGCACCAAACCAAUCAGUAGUUACUUCACUCCUGUUAGGGAACAAGCAAACUCCUCCCCUCCCGCUAAGAAACGCAAGCUAGACAUGUCUACAUCAACACACGAGAACUUAACAACCCCCUCGCAAAUAACUGCUGACACAGACACAGCAUCUCGAUUACAAACUGAUUUUGAUUAUGAUCCUACAAAAGACGCAAGUUAUAAUGAAGACACCUCGAUUGAACACCAAUUGAACUCUGAAUCGAAUGACUUAAACUCUGCGUGUGAUGGUUUAACCCCUGAGUUACUGACGGUGUGUGAGGUGUGUGGGCGUCGUGUGCCCGUGUGGGAGGAGCAGGAACACUCGGACUAUCACUUAGCAAUGAAAUUACAGCGAGGGGGUGUGAAGGGGCGUGGCAGAAGAGGAGGGGGGAGGGGCACUUCCAUACUGGACUUUGUAGUCAGAUGACUCACUACGAACAAUUAUCAUUGUUUUAUUAUCAUCUCAUUCUUGUGUUGUUGUCACAUUCUUGUGUACAUAAUUAUUACGCAAUUCAAAGAUGUGGUCAAUAAAGUACACACGUUGCGUAUAAAUUAUUAUCCAACGAA